AUGCCGCCGUACAGGGACAUCUAUGCCAACAGCAAGAAGUACGCCACCCUCAUGCAGCCAGUCAGCGACGCCAUUCACCAGUUCGAGGGCGACAGGCCGUCCAUUGGACAGGUUCUGAAGGUGCAGCGCGCUCUGGACGCGCACUUCGCGGAGUUUGACAAGCAAAACCCCGACAUGAUGGUGAAGCCGCGGGGCAACAAGGAGGCUGUGGGUGUGCAGAGCGUGUACGAGCAGCGGCGUGGGAGCACUCUGUCCAACGCGCUUGUCCCGCUCGCCCACGCCCUCGACCCCAUCAACUUCGUUCAGCUGAAUGGCGGGGACAACUGGUUUCCGCCGUUCCACGAGCUCAGCAAGGAGGAGCGGAAGGACGCCCGUAAGCUGGCGGCUGAGGUGUAUGCGGGCAACGGUGAGGGUGCAACGGAAGAGGACCGGCGGGCGGACAAGGAGAUGCUUUCUGAGUGGGGCACGCUCGCCCUAAUGGGCGUCCCCGACGACUGCAAGGAGCACAUGGAGUACCCAGCACUGGCGAACGUGGCGGACCGUGUACUGCGCAUGCACACGACCACCUGCGCUGCUGAGCGCAACUGGUCGCUGUGGGGCAACAUUUUCAGCAAGGCUCGCAACCGCCUGGCGCAGGAGCGGGCGGAGAAGCUCAUCUACAUUCGCCAGAACGACGACUCCAACAAGGGCAAGGGCAGCCGCCUGUCGGACGAGGAGGUGGUGAUGACUCUGCUGGCUGCAGAGGAUGAGAAGAGCGCGCGUGUGUAA